AUGAGUACAAAUUUGCAGUUGCGUCCUGCCAGUAGGCGCACGCUAGCAGCAAAACCUGGUCGAAUUCGUGGAGGUGAAACAGUUACUAGUAACAGUGAAAAGCUUGACGUCAGUCCCUUGGAGAAAGUUCGCAAUGCUAUCUUUCCAAUCUAUGGCAAACAAGAGGUCACCAAGUUUCUUUUGAUCGGAUCCAUCAAGUUCUUCAUCAUCAUGGCACUGACGUUGACAAGAGACACCAAAGAUACAUUGGUCGUCACGCAGUGUGGUGCCGAGGCAAUAGCUUUUCUUAAGAUUUAUGGCGUUCUACCAGCUGCUACUGCCUUCAUUGCCGGGUAUUCAAAAGCAUCAAACGUCCUUGGAAAGAAAACACUUUUCUAUUUCACAGCAAUACCAUUUUUCCUGUUCUUUAUAUUCUUUGAUCUGUUCCUCCACCCAAAUGCUGAGAGACUCCAGCCUUCUCUCGUCGCUGUUCAAUCAUUUCUACCGGGAGAUUCUACAACAGGUGGCAUGGAAGUUAUGGCAAAAAUAUUUGCAAAUUGGACCUCGGCUCUAUUUUACAUCCUCGCUGAGAUUUACUCUUCCGUUUCUGUUGGUCUUCUCUUUUGGCAGUUCGCGAACGAUGUAGUACCCAUAGAUCAAGCGAAGCGGUUUUAUCCACUUUUUGCACAGAUGGGUGGGCUUGCUCCUGUCAUCGCGGGACAGUACGUCGUUUGGUUUGCCAGUAAAGCUGAGAAUCUUGGUUCAUCGUUGCACAGAUUGACCGCUGCUGUUACUUUUUCUGGUGUAAUGAUAUGCGUUCUCUAUCAUUUAACCUCUUCUUUUAUUGAGAGGACGGAGAGCUAUGCCCAGAAAACCGAGAGUAGUCUUGAUGGACAGGACGGAAAGAAAGAGAAGAUGUCUAUUGCAGAGUCUGCAAAGUUUCUUGCUUCUUCGCAAUAUUUGCGCCUCAUUGCUACCCUCGUACUAGGCUAUGGUCUGAGUAUAAAUUUCACAGAAAUCAUUUGGAAAUCACUUGUCAAAAAGCAAUACCCAGAUCCCUUGGACUAUCAACGAUUUAUGGGCAACUUCUCUUCUGCCGUGGGGCUGGCCACUUGCAUUGUAAUAUUUUUUGGGGUCCAUGUUAUUCGCUUACUAGGAUGGCGAGUUGGUGCCAUGGCAACACCAGGUAUAAUGGCAGUUCUUGCAAUUCCAUUUUUUGGCUGUAUCAUUUUAGGCCUUGACAAUCUUGAUCGAUUGAAGUGGGCAGUUAUUUUGGGCACUAUACAGAGUCUACUCAGCAAGACAUCCAAGUACGCAUUGUUUGACCCAACAACUCAAAUGGCCUACAUUCCCUUGGAUCAAGAAUCGAAGGUCAAGGGGAAAGCCGCAAUUGAUGUGCUUGGGUCGAGGAUUGGUAAAAGUGGAGGGUCACUGAUCCAGCAAGGCCUCGUUUUCGGGUUUGGAGACAUCAUCAGCGCUGCACCUAUCGUGGGUAUGGUAUUUUACUCAGUCCUUUUAGUCUGGAUUCAGGCUGCCAGCAAGUUGGGAGUUCUUUUCCACGCUCAGACGGAAAUGAAGAAGGCUUCCGAUGCGGAAAGAAAAAAGAAAUAA